GGAAAAUGAAAGUUAAAUUAAUUCACGCGUAGGAAGCAAGUUGACCGAAUAACCUCACUUGAAAUUCUGUAUCGUAAUGUCAUUUUAUUUCGUUCCUUUGCAUACAUUUAUUUUAGUAUGAGAAGGUACAACGUUCAAAGGAAUUCCGAAUGAAGUGGGGAAGAAUCGUAGUCCGACUUCAGUAAUGUUCAUUGCGUGGAACAGUCAAGGUUGGUGAGGCCAGCGUAUUGGAUGAAUUCACCUCUUCUCUUUAACACAUUAUUUUACUUUGAAAGUAUCAAAAUAAGUCAUCAGUGCAUAUAAGUUAAUUUUUUUAGUUCCACCCGGUCCAUAAACAUCUGUUAGCAGCUGAAUAUGCUUGCUGAAGUUUUGUGUGCAAGACCCCUUAAAGUGACCUUAAAGAUUCUCAUCGCUCUGACCUGAAAGUGUAAAAGGUGCAGAAGAAUAAGAUACAAUAAAAAUAGAAAAAGUGGUAAUAAAGAAAGAAAAAGGGUGACCGUGUUCGUUACAGUGCAAUGGCAGAGAAUAAGAACUUCUUGGCUGGUCGACAAGCAUCAUUGAUAGAGAGAUCAAAAGUCACACCCAAAAUAAAAGUGGGAAAGCAUGAACUUACAUUCCAACCUGAUGAACUCGAUGAGUUUUACAAGAACAAAGCAAGAACCGAACUCAGAGAAAUACCCGAAGUCGUGGAUACAAGCCUACGCGAACUACGAGAGUAUAUAAGAGGUGAACCGGGUUUGGUAGUACCGGAAGAGGAGGAGUAUUUGAUAAAGUUUUUAAGACCAUGCAAGUGGUAUGCUAAAAGUGCCUUUGAAUUGAUGAAACGUUUCUAUAAGUAUCGAUUGUCUCAUCCACGUAUUUGCGAAGGUUUGGUACCCAGUAAGGAGAAGGCGAUCUUCAUUUCCGGAAUUUUGACACCACUUCCGUUACGUUGUAACAGCGGUGAGAGAAUUCUCUUACUCGAAAGUGGACGAAAGUGGAAACCAAAAGAAAUAAGUUUGGAACAAAUUUUCAAAGGAGUUAUGUUGGCCUUAGAGGCAGCAAUGGCAGAGCCAACAACUCAAGUCGCCGGUGUUCGUGUAAUUUUGGACAUGGAUGGCCUGUCCUUGAGUCAAGUGACGUACUUUACUCCAAGUUUUGCAAGCGCUGUACUUGAAUGGGUGCAGAAGUGUUUACCAUGCCGCCUUAAGGGAGUGCACAUUGUGAAUCAGCCUUAUAUUUUCAAUAUGGUCUUCGCCAUCUUUAAACCCUUCUUCCAGGAAAAGUUAAGAAAGCGGCUGCAUUUUCAUGGAAGCGACCGAGCAAGUCUACUCUCCUUUAUCGACGCAAAAGCUUUGCCAACUCAAUAUGGAGGGCAGCUUGAAUUGCCUUCAGAGCCGCUGGGUGAAAGACUCUGGGAAUACUUUUGCACCUAUGAAGAAGACUUUCAAGCAUCGCAAAAGUACGGAUACGUAUCCAGCACAUAGUCGGAAUAAACCUGAUGGGUCUGCUAGGAUCUCAGAGUGAAACAUAUUUCCGGUGCUGGAUUGGAGUCAAUUCUUCGGAUGAGGUGAAUGGGGCAUAUUAUUCCAGUUCUGUGACGCGCGACAUGCAUUUUUUUCAAGAGACAAUACAUUUGAUAAGAAAAUAUA